AAAAUAUAAGAAGCGAAAAAGAAAGAAGUUCUGGAAAAAAAAAAAAAUGGUUUCUCCCAAGACCCUCUCAUCGGGGGUCAUUUUGGUUCUUUGAACUGUUCUCAUCCUUGAGAAAAGCCAUGACUUCCAAGCAUUUGGAAAAUGAGCAAUGCAUUAGACGUCCGCACAGUGGCUAACCGCUACGCUACACUCCUGCAACUAUGCCGCUCCCGAAACCCCACCUCAUACCCCCUAGCUCAAACCAUUCAUGCCCAUAUGAUUUCUUUUGGGUUCAAACCGCGAGGACACAUCCUCAACCGUCUGAUCGAUAUCUACUGCAAAUCAUCCAAUAUUGCCUAUGCCCGCCACCUGUUCGAUGAAAUUCCCGAGCCAGAUAUAGUUGCAAGAACGACGCUGAUUGCUGCAUACUCUGCCGCAGGGAAUCUAAGGCUGGCUCGGGAAGUAUUUGGUGGAACCCCUUUGAGUAUGAGAGACACCGUUUUCUACAAUGCGAUGAUCACGGGAUAUUCGCAUAACAACGAUGGCCACGCUGCUAUGGAACUCUUUCGUGACAUGAGGCGAGAAGCUUUUAGGCCAGAUAAUUUCACCUUCACUAGUGUACUUGGUGCUUUGGCGCUCAUAGCUGAUCAAGAAAAGCAGUGCCAGCAGAUUCAUGGUGCUGUGCUAAAGUCAGGAACAGGAUUUGUUACUUCAGUGUUGAAUGCGCUUAUCUCUGUUUAUGUGAAGUGUGCGUCUUCACCAUUGGAAUCAUCAUCUUCAUUGCUGGGUGCUGCGAAAAAGUUGUUUGAGGAGAUGCCCGAGAGGGACGAGUUAACUUGGACGACAAUCAUUACAGGGUACGUGAGGAAUGAUGAUCUUGCUACAGCCCGUGGUAUUCUUGAUGGGAUGACUGAAAAGCUGGAGGUUGCAUGGAAUGCAAUGAUUUCAGGUUAUGUGCACCGUGGUUUUAUUCAGGAAGCAUUGGAAAUGUUUAGGAAGAUGCAUAUGACAGGGAUUCGGCUUGAUGAGUUCACAUAUACAAGUGUAAUCAGUGCUUGUGCUAAUGGUGGAUUGUUCAAACACGGAAAGCAAGUGCAUGCUUACAUUUUGAGAACGGAAAGGAAACCUGAACCAGACUUCUCAUUGUCUGUGAAUAAUGCAUUGGUUACACUGUACUGGAAAUGUGGUAAAGUAGAUGAGGCGCGAGAAAUUUUUAAUACGAUGCCUAUAAGGGAUUUUGUUUCGUGGAAUGCGAUCCUGUCAGCGUACGUGAAUAUGGGGCGCAUUGAAGAAGCUAAGUCCUUCUUUAAGGAGAUGCCAGAGAGAAACAUUUUAUCAUGGACUGUUAUGAUAUCUGGUUUAGCACAAAAUGGUUUUGGAGAAGAAGGCUUGAAGCUGUUCAACCAAAUGAGAAUGGAGGGUUUUGAGCCAUGCGACUAUGCAUUUGCAGGAGCAAUUACGUCUUGUGCAGUGCUUGGAGCAUUGGAGCAUGGACGCCAGCUCCAUGCUCAACUAGUCCAGCUGGGACAUGAUUCAAGCCUUUCAGCUGGAAAUGCACUUAUUACAAUGUAUGCAAGAUGUGGCGUUGUUGAGGCUUCUAAUUGUGUUUUCCUUACAAUGCCUUAUUUGGAUUCAGUGUCGUGGAAUGCCAUGAUUGCAGCUCUAGGACAACAUGGACAUGGUCUGCAAGCGAUAAAACUUUUUGAAGAGAUGCUGAAAGAAGAUCUAGUACCUGAUAGGAUAACUUUCCUUACAGUUCUCUCUGCUUGUAGCCAUGCUGGUUUAGUCAAAGAAGGGCGUCAUUAUUUCGAUUCAAUGUGUGGAUUUUACGGUAUAACCCCAGGUGAAGAUCAUUAUGCCCGCUUGAUUGAUUUGUGUCGAGCUGGGAAGUUUUCAGAAGCUAAGGAUGUGCUCAAAUCAAUGCCUUUUGAGCCAGGUGCAGCAAUUUGGGAGGCUCUUCUUGCUGGUUGCCGUAUUCAUGGGAACAUGGAGUUAGGGAUUCAAGCUGCUGAACAACUCUUUGAACUAAUGCCACAACAUGAUGGGACCUAUGUACUUCUGUCAAACAUGUAUGCCACAGCAGGCAGGUGGAAUGAUGUGGCUAAGGUGCGGAAACUAAUGAGGGACCGGGGUAUCAAGAAAGAGCCUGGUUGCAGUUGGGUUGAGGUCGAAAACAAAGUUCAUGUGUUCUUGGUUGAUGACACUGUGCACCACGAGGUGCAAGCUGUGUACAAUCAUCUGGAGCAAUUGGUACUAGAAAUGAGAAAACUUGGAUAUGUCCCUGACACAAAAUUUGUGCUGCAUGAUAUGGAGAAUGAACAUAAGGAGUCUGCCUUGUCUACUCAUAGUGAGAAGCUUGCGGUUGUUUUUGGCCUUAUGAAGCUUCCUCUAGGAGCGACAAUUAGAGUUUUCAAGAACCUAAGAAUUUGUGGGGAUUGUCAUAAUGCAUUCAAGUACAUGUCAAAAGUGGUGGGUAGAGAGAUAGUUGUGAGAGAUGGGAAGAGGUUUCAUCAUUUUAGGAAUGGUGAAUGUUCGUGUGGCAAUUACUGGUAGGCAAACUUUUUAUUAGCCAGAUAUUUAGGCUUACAGUCGACAGAGUUAACAGAAACUACAUCCUCUCUUUCCUUUUCUUGGACCCAAGUGUGGGAGUUUAUGAAGUGGAGAUCCAUGCCAAUUAUACGUCCAACUACCGAAAAAUAUAAUUACCCUCAGACGACUUCCAGAUGACCCGCCAAAUGAGUUUUUCACUCAGGUAUUAGUUUCCUUUACAGAAGAAAUUGAAGCUCUAUAUAGAAUAUUUUACAAUCUAAUGUUGUGGAUACAUACAAGUUCUUUGGACUCCAAAGUGGUGUUUGCCAACGGGUAGAUGUACUAUAUAUUCUUGGGUGAGAUACAAGAUAAAUAGGAGUUCUAGUAGAGCUACUCAUUUUGAACAUGGAAAUCGUUGAUAGUGCCCCGAUGGCUACUGUAAUCUUGACCUCAAAUAGGAUAUUUCAUCACAGAAUAACCAGCACAACUUUCUGCUGGUAAAAGCCAUUAAUUUUGGAUGUGGAAUUUUUUUGAUAUGGCCCUGAUGGCAACUGUAAUAUUCUUCAGAGAAUAACUAGCUGACCUCAAGAUUAGUUUGAC